GUUGGUGUUGGAGUUGGCGUCGGCAGUGGUGCCGGAGCUGGGAAAGGAGUUGGAGUUGGGAGUGGCUCUGGCGGAGACGGCGGCGGCAGAUGAUUCGUUACUUGGCCGGCCGUCUGUUGAUUUCUGGCAGAUGUUCAUAUAUUACCAUUAUCAUUAUCAUUAUCUUGGCAAUGUAUAUUGGUUAUAUUCUGAAUUAUUUUUAUCACAUAGAAUGGUACAUGUACAAAUGGACUGGUACAUGUACCAGUCCAGUGAUACAUGUACCAGUGGACUGGUACAUGUACCAGUGGAGUGAUAGAUGUACCACAAUACUGGUACGCGUUUAUAACUUUUUCCAAACAACACAAAUAUUAAAUAACGAU